AUGUCAUGCCUCACUAAUGGUGGCAGAAUCGUGCCCAUACUUACGGGCUCUGAUUCUCACGAUACCACUCUCGAGGCGCCUGCGUUAGACGCAUCCCUUCCUCCAAUCCCUCAUUCUUCAAUGUCUACCCCACCGACCAUGCCCCGCCUGUUGCAGGAUCAGCAGAUUUCAAAAGCCAAGCACAUGCACCACGCGAGCUUGGAGAUGGCCUCUCUCCAAGAGAGAGGCCUGUAUGCACUCCCUACAGAGGGAGACGGCAAUUGUCUCUAUUACUCCCUCUCCGACCAACUGUAUGGUGACACCCACCAUGCAGACGAAAUCCGCCAGCUUCUGGCCAAUCAUAUGGCUUCCAAUAAAGACUACUUCAUGCAAUUUGUCGUUGCUGAAGGUGGGGAGCGGCGCCGGCCGAAGCGUGCGGCUGCAUCUGCGUAUGCUACUCGCUCCGCCGAUGUCUCCGCUCCGACGCAGGAGGAUAUGGAACGGCGCUUCCAGGAAAUGAUCGCUACCUCGCGCAAGAAUGGGGAAUGGGGCAGCUCCGAGCAUCUCCAGGCAUUCUGUCAGGCCUUCAAGGUUGACUUGAAUGUGUACACUAUGGAUGGAUGUCAAUGCCCCCCAAACCAACCUCGGGAUGUUGUGCACGUAGCUUUUCAUGACUUCAAACACUAUUCUUCAGUGCGGGGAAUUGACGGCAAGCAUGAAGGACUUCUUACCAAGUUGAAGCUGUUCCAACCCAUCAAGGGGAGAAUUGAGCCUAAGGUCAUUUCAGACCCUGAUUCCGACGUCGAUCAUAAAAAAUCCACUUCACAGGAAGAAAACCCCAUUAGUGAUGUAGCCACUAACGAUGCCGGCCUAGCUGUUGACCUCUAUCCCCCUUGGGAUAUCAAAUCCAUUCAAGAGGGCUUGGGAGGCCGAUAUGAUCGGGAAACCAUUGUUGACAUGCUGCAGAGAUGUCGUGGCGAUAUCGAUCGCGCCUUCGCCGCGCUCUUGGACGAGAAAGCCGACGUCCCACUUGAUAAGAAAGCUGCCCCGGGAAUUCCUAUGAAACCAAGUUUGCAGGCUUCGCGGUCUUCCUCUCCAUUUAGCACGGGUAGCAAGCGGUCUGCGGAGGACAGCGAUGAUUCCGAAGAUCCUCGUCCCGCACGACGCACUCGACCUAAGAAACGGCUUGUCUCCAAUCUUACAUUGGGUGUUGGGAUUUCAUUCAGGGAUGAACACGACGAGGUCGUCUCCUUGAAUCUUCGAAUGAACUCCGACACAGAAGAUGGUCAGGCCACAGACCCCUCUCUCCCGGGUAACACCAACCCGGAACAAUCGGACACGGACGGAAAAAAGUGUCGUCGGAGUAGACGACUUUCCCGCCCACGUCCCUGA